GCCUGCGAAGGGCUCGGCGGUCGGCGGAGACGCGGGUGGCCGGCGAUGGCCGCGGAGGGGGCCAGCUAUGGCCCGGCCCACGGAGGCCGACGGAAGGCGGUGGCCGAAGAGCCGCGCCCCUUGCCGAGCGCAUGCUGUGUGCCUCGCGCCUGUCUUUCCCGCCGCCGCCGCCGCCUCCCUGCCAGGUCAUCAAUACUUUUUAAUCAGCCCCAGUGUGCCCGAUGCAGGGGCUCCGCCCUGGGGAUACAACAGCGACUGUGCCAGAGGGGGAAUCUGCCCUCACAGAAGUCACAGUCAACCUGUGGGAACAGGCUUAAGAGAGCAACUCCAAUAUUGACGAGGUGUGCAACCUUGGACACCCGAGGAGGAAGAGCAGCCUGCACUAUGAACCCGUGGCUCGUGCUCUGCCUGGUGGCCAGCUUGGUGGGCGCCUGGUCUACUAUCCAUGCUCAAGGUGUCUCUGAGGACUGCUGCCUGGCCUACCACUCCCGUGUUCGGCCUGGCUUCCUCCGGUACGCCCGGAGUUACCGGCGCCAAGAAGUGAGCGGCAGCUGCAAUCUGCCUGCUGUGAUAUUCUUCUUCCCGAAAAACAAGACCCUGUGUGCGAACCCACGGGACAGCUGGGUGCCGAAGAUGGUAGACUUCCUGGAUGCUGGGAACAAGACCCUCUCAAAGCGCCACUGGAGACACUUGCAAGUCAUCCUCUUUGGAGCUAGGAAGUCGAGCAUUGGAAUCUCCAAGCUGCCGCUGCCCAAGGUUAGCAGGUUCACCAGAAGCGACAAGAAAACUACCCUCCUGACAAAAGCUAAUCCAGGACCGUGA